AUUUACAUCUGUACAAACCACCACCAACGCAGGAACUAAACAACGUGAGCAUCUCCUCCAAUCCAUCACCCUCCACCUUCACAAAGUUAAUGCUUAAAUAGGGUUUGUGUCAGUGCCUGCCUGCCCCAUUCCCUGUCCUCCUUCCCCUGAAACAAGCAGCAGUGGGCGCAGCCAAGCAAGGAAGACGCAGCAUGCGCAUUCCUUCUCCUUGCUUGAAGGGCCCCCUCUGCAGUCCAUUGCCUCCCUCAUCCGGUUCCUCUCUAUCUACAUCAGACCGCACAGAUCUCGGCUUCCACCGCCGUUCAUUGCCUAUAAAGACCCUCCUCAUCGCAUCUCAAUUCCCGUCGAAGACGACACCGAGAGGAAUGGCGUUGUUCAUUCCCCAGACCACCACCACCACGGUUUCCCUCUUUCUUCUCCUUGCCACCACAUUGUUCUCCCUCCUCCAUGCAGCCGGUGACAAGGGCCAUGGCUCACUGGUACUGGGUCUGACCCAUGUCAGAACUGUCUCACCUCCUCGAGUUGCAGCUGUGACCACGGACAUGAUCGAGCCUCUCAGAGGAUUCAGAGAUGGCUAUCUGAUUUCCUUGAACCUGGGCACGCCACCGCAAGUCAUCCCGGUCUACAUGGACACCGGGAGCGACCUCACUUGGGUCCCCUGUGGGAACAUCUCCUUCGAGUGCAUGGACUGCGACGACUACCGCCACCACAAGCUGAUCGCCGCCUUCUCUCCCUCUUACUCUUCCUCGUCGCUGCGAGACCUGUGCACCAGCCCCCUGUGCGCUGACGUCCACAGCUCCGACAACCCCUACGACCCAUGCGCCGUGGCUGGGUGCUCCAUCAGCACCCUCGUGAGCGGCGGCUGUCCCCGGCCAUGCCCUUCCUUCUCCUACACGUAUGGCGCAGGAGGGCUGGUCGUCGGCAGCCUCACGAGGGACACCCUGAGAGUCCACACCCAGUCGAGUGCUGCCACCAGAGAGGUCGCAAGCUUUUGCUUCGGGUGCGUCGGUUCCACGUUCAGGGAGCCCAUCGGCAUCGCGGGGUUUGGGAAGGGUGCACUCUCCCUUCCCUCGCAGCUCGGCUUCCUCCGAAAGGGCUUCUCUCACUGCUUCUUGGCGUUCAAGUACGUCGACAACCCCAACUUCACCAGCCCUUUGGUCGUAGGGAGUCUUGCAAUCUCCUCCAAGGAGUACUUCCUCUUCACCCCUAUGUUGAAGAGCCCGACGUACCCCAACUACUACUACAUCGGACUAGAGGGCAUAAGCAUCGGCAACGACACCAUGGCCAUUGCACCAUCGAACCUCAGAAGCUUCGAUCCAGAAGGCAAUGGGGGGAUGCUGAUCGACUCUGGGACGACCUACACUCACCUGCCGGAGCCGUUCUACUCUCUCCUCCUCUCGAAGAUGGAGUCGACGAUCGUGUACACGAGAUCGAACGAGUACGAGCGGAGAACCGGGUUCGAUCUCUGUUACGAGACUCCUUGCUCCGAUGGCUCCUGUUCGGACAGUCUCCCCUCCAUCACCUUUCACUUCCUGAACAGUGUGAAGCUCUCGUUGCCAAAGGAUAACUGCUUCUACGCAAUGAGUGCUCCCAGGGGCUCCAUGGUGGUGAAGUGCUUUCUCUUCCAGAUAAUGGAUGAUGGGGGCUACGGUCCAGCUGGUGUCUUUGGGAGCUUUCAGCAGCAGAACAUGGAGGUUGUGUAUGACUUGGAGAAGGAGCGAAUCGGCUUCCAGCCUAUGGACUGUGCUUCUUCUGCUGCCAGAUACGGGCUCCAUCAGAAGUAGCUGUCGAUUCUUCGAGCUUUCCAGUUGGAAUAAGAAGUGGAGAAGAAGAAGAAAGUGUGGCUGUGGAGCCCUGAAGAGUCUUCAACUUUCUACCAUUGGACAGACAUGGCACUUCUUUGGAAGGAUUGAGGUGAUAGAGUGGAAGUUUUCUCAUUGUCUGAAGUGAUGAUGCAAUCAUGUAAACAAUCUAUGGGUUACUGGAAGACAAACCAAUCAUGUGUCAGUGUGAGUUGGUGAUGGAUUGUUAACUCAAAGUAUUGUG